UUAAGAAUAUGCCUGUUUUUCGUCUCACGUAUUCAUCACUGUUCGGUAGGUUGGUGGUUCCUUUUCGUGUUCGUGAGGCGUGAAUAGAGAUUCAUCAAUCAUGCAGAUAUUCGUGAAAACUCUUACGGGGAAGACCAUCACCCUUGAGGUUGAGGCGUCAGAUACGAUUGAGAAUGUGAAGGCAAAAAUUCAGGAUAAGGAGGGAAUUCCACCUGAUCAGCAGAGAUUGAUCUUUGCUGGGAAGCAAUUGGAAGACGGCCGGACUCUCUCAGAUUACAAUAUUCAAAAAGAGUCUACAUUACACUUGGUACUGCGCUUGCGAGGUGGUGCUAAGAAGCGCAAGAAGAAGAAUUAUUCCACUCCUAAAAAAAUUAAGCAUAAGAAGAAGAAGGUUAAGCUGGCUGUGCUUAAAUAUUAUAAGGUGGAUGAAAACGGCAAAAUCCACCGUUUGCGUCGGGAAUGCCCGAUGGAGCAGUGCGGCGCGGGUGUAUUCAUGGCGGCGAUGGAAGACCGUCAUUAUUGUGGAAAGUGUGGAUACACUUUAGUAUUUAAUAAGCCCGACGAUAAAUAAAAUGCGGCAUAUGAACUUUUA